AAUGGGAACUAAAAGAAAGAGAGUGAUAAUGUAGGCAGGAUCCCUUCUGAAUCCAAUAUUUAGAUAUGUGUUAAAGAUGAAUUUUGUUGCUAAUCCUACUGAUAUUCAUGGUACUAAAUUACUAAGGUUUUUUUGAAUGAAUUAUCCUUUAGACAUUUGUAAUAUUAAACAAUGAAUUUGGAUAAGAAAUUACAUCAACCAAAUUUUGAAUCUAAUUAUAGAGAGUCAAUCGAAUGUAUCUCCAGUAAAUGGGAAAUCAAGUUUGGUAUGCAAUUCCAUUAUCCUAAGUGAAUGGAUGGGAAAGGACAUUUUAUAUGAAAUAUGCAGAUAUGUCAACUUUGCAUUAAACCAUUAAACAAUAUAAUCAUUUCAUAGAAGGUCAAAGAGCUCUUUAAGGAGAGGAUGAUGAGCCAGAUGAUAACCUAUUAUAAUAUUGAAU